ACAACUGCUUGUGGGAUAUUCCUUCAGUGUCUUUUGGGUUCUCAAUCAGGCAUGUUUUCCUGCUUGCUCAGGCAAUUUCACAGGGAGAAUGGCGAUCAAGGAGAGACCAGACCAAGGCAGAAGGAAUCUGGCAUCCUUUCUUGUAAAAACAGAAGAAUGAAAUCAUUCUGUGGAAGGCACAUGUCUGCUGAGAAAACAUCAUCCCAAAAUUGCAACAUCACUAAUCAUAUGAAGAAUAUGAAUAAACUAGAAGAUAUGAAAUUUUAUAUCAGGAAGAUACAUGCUGAGAGGGUAGAACUUUUUCUAAUCUUGGACAUUGAAAUGAAUACUGAUUUGAACUACAGGAUGAACAUUGAAUUCACCAUCAUUAAAUCACAACAUGAGAAGAAAAUGUUGGAUAUGGAAAAAAUGAUGCAGUCAAUAAGUGAUACCAUUGAGAAGUACAAGGAAUUCAUGGAAGAUAACAAUUCCUACAGGUGUGAAAUACUCCAGCAGAAACUGGAACAUGGAACAGACCAGGACAAGGUCUCCUUUGAAGAUAACUUCUAUAGGGGGAUCUCUGUGUGUUCGAAGCAAAUAUUUCAUCUCAUUCCCAGUAAUCAUGGCUAUUAUCUGCUGCAUUUUCUUCCUUUACUUUUGUUUCCUUGCAAUGAAUAGCCCUUAAUUUCAUCUGGGCUCUGGCUCAGCAAG